UUACUCCCAGUGCAUAGUAAACUACAAUAAUAAAACCUCGGAUUUCAUUUUCCUCCCCCAUUACCGCACGACCCGACCCGACCCGAUUAAAGAUUCUCACCGUCGCCGGCGACCCACUACCCAAUGCCGCUCACCGUCCGACGAUCAUUCUGUCUACUCGCUGCCGUCAUCCUCUUCCUCUCGCCGGCGCUCGCUUCCGAGUCCGAUCACAAGUAUCAACCCGAUGAACCUGUCACCCUUUGGGUAAAUAAAGUAGGGCCAUACCAUAAUCCGCAAGAAACAUACAAUUAUUACAGCCUUCCAUUUUGUCAUCCAUCAGGCAAUGCUGCUCACAAGUGGGGUGGUCUUGGUGAGGUAUUGGGUGGAAAUGAGCUUAUUGAUAGUCUGAUUGACAUAAAAUUCAAAAAACCGGUGGAGAAGACUACCAUUUGUGAGCUUGAACUUGAUGAAGAAAAAGUCAAACAAUUCAAGGAUGCUAUUGAAAAUAAUUACUGGUUUGAAUUUUUCAUGGAUGAUCUGCCUUUAUGGGGCUUUGUUGGUGAGCUACAUUCUGAAAGAAAUGGUGACAACAAGCAUGUGCUCUAUACACACAAAAUCAUAAAUGUGUUGUACAACAAAGAUCAAAUCAUUCAAGUAAACCUAACUCAACAGAACCCAAAACCCUUGGAAGUGGGAAGUACGUUGGACAUGACGUACUCUGUGAAAUGGAAUCCAACAGAUAUAACUUUUGCACGCCGUUUUGAUGUCUACCUCGACUACCCAUUUUUUGAGCAUCAGAUACAUUGGUUCUCCAUUUUCAAUUCCUUCAUGAUGGUUAUGUUUCUUACCGGUCUGGUAUCAAUGAUAUUGAUGCGAACUUUGCGAAAUGAUUAUGCUAAAUAUGCUCGUGAGGAUGACGAUCUAGAAACCCUGGAAAGAGAUGUCAAUGAAGAGUCUGGUUGGAAACUUGUUCAUGGAGACGUAUUUCGGACCCCUCGCAGCCUAGUUUUACUCUCUGCCCUUGUUGGAACCGGUGCACAACUGGCAUUGCUGGUUCUUCUUGUCAUCUUAUGUGCUAUUGUCGGAAUGUUGUAUGUCGGGCGAGGAGCAAUUGUCACUACUUUCAUAAUAUGUUAUGCUUUCACAUCAUUCAUUUCAGGCUAUGUCAGUGGUGGGAUGUAUUCUCGUCAUGGCGGUAAGAAUUGGAUCAAGUCGAUGAUUCUCACAGCUUCACUUUUCCCAUUCCUGUGCUUUGGGAUUGGCUUUAUUUUGAACACUAUUGCGAUAUUCUAUGGGUCCCUAGCAGCCAUCCCCUUUGGUACUAUGGUGGUUGUUUUUGUCAUAUGGGCUUUUAUUUCUUUUCCCCUAGCACUUUUGGGUACAGUUAUUGGAAGAAACUGGAGUGGUGCUCCGAACAAUCCAUGCCGUGUGAAAACCAUCCCUCGUCCGAUCCCAAACAAGAAGUGGUACCUGACAUCUUCUGUAGUCUCUAUGAUGGGAGGAUUGCUUCCCUUUGGCAGCAUAUUCAUUGAGAUGUACUUUGUUUUCACUUCCUUCUGGAAUUACAAGGUGUACUAUGUCUAUGGCUUUAUGCUUCUAGUUUUCCUGAUUCUUAUAAUUGUUACCGUGUGUGUAACAAUUGUAAGUAUAUACUUCCUGCUAAAUGCUGAGAAUUAUCACUGGCAGUGGACUUCCUUCUUUUCUGCAGCCUCAACAGCAGUUUAUGUGUAUUUUUACUCUAUAUAUUACUAUUAUGUUAAGACAAAGAUGUCAGGACUCUUCCAGACCAGCUUCUACUUCGGUUACACAUUGAUGUUUUGCCUUGGCUUAGGAAUUCUUUGCGGCGCUGUUGGUUACUUAGGCUCUAAUAUGUUUGUGAGGAGGAUUUACCGAAAUAUCAAGUGUGACUAGAUUUUGUCGGGAAGAGAAAAAUGGCAGUAGCAUCUCUGUGCUUUCUCAUACUCCAAAGGAAGCUUCUUGUUACUUUACCAGGUUCACAUUCAAUAGUGCCGUCAUCGCGAAUGAUGUGUAACUCAGGAUCAUGGGGAGGCCAAGAAAUCUUCCCCAUUCCCGGAGUUGUGUAAUGGAGUCUAGUUGCAUAAUUUAGAAUGCAGUAAUUAUUUUUGUAGUCAGAAAAGCUAGCACGAUAAUAGACUCUCCUGCACGUAGUUGUUUUCAUCAGUUAUCGGAAGAAAGAUUACACAGGAACGAGUCGUUGCCUGAUUUGAUUUCCACUUAUGCAUCAUAUCAUGCAGUUCCCAGUACACUUGAAUUGCAUAUUUUUCUUC